CAAACAAAAGGUCUAGCCAUACCCAUUCUGUCACAAUCUAAUGCUAGCCUGUUUGAGCUCCCGAUAAUGACCGAUUACAUCCCUUUACGACAAUAUACGGCGGGCCAAGAUCCCGAAGCAGAAGAAGCGGACGGCCGACUUCCUCUUCCUUCACCUCGGCGUCGCCGACGACCGAAAUCGUUACGAAAUCCAGGGGUCAUCGCCGGAGGGGUGGCUGUCAUCUUCACUCUUUUCUUGAUACUAUCGUAUUCGACGACCGGGGAUGAACAGCGGAUACCAGAUGACGGACUGGGCUCAGGGAAGGGGUUGAUGGAGGUCGAGCUCCCUGCUCCUGGCAAGACGAUACGAGCUCAACAUCCGAUCGCCCAGCUUAUGGAGCAGGCUGAGGAAAAAGCGGUAGAGAUGCGAGACCUGAGAGAGUCAAUAAGAACGCUCGAAGAUGCUGUGACCAACUAUAAAGAGACGUUCGGCUUGGAUCCCCCGGAGGGAUUCGACAGAUGGUUCAAAUUCACAACCUCCAUAUCAUCCACUCCUAUUCCCUCCCUCAUCCCCGAAGCCCACCUCUCGGUGCUCCCGUACCUGUCCCUCCCAGCGCAUCUGCUCCGUACCCGAGCUCUGGAGCUGCAGCAAGACAAGGGCGUCUUCGGGAUGACUUUCCACCCCGCCUCUGAUGCCGAUAAAGAAGAGUUGAAGCUGGAGGUCGUCGAGGCGGACGGGUUGAUCGGGAUAAAUAAUACGGAUUUCAUGGUCAGCUAUAUGUCACCCCGUUGGGACUACCCCGACCUCCUGAAAGAAAUCGUUCCCCUCCUCCCAACCGCACAACAACCCGAAUGGCCACUCCAAAUGACCAUGUGCGUCCGCGAUGGGGGGUGCAGGCUGUCGUCCGGUUGGUUGAUGGAAGAGUCAAGAAAGUUGGCUCGGGAUGGACGAGAAUGGGAUGUCGACCUGCUCGAACAGCUCGAAGAAGAGUAUAGCACUCGUCGAGGCUGGUCACAGACCUGCAACCCAGCCCUGGACGAAGCCUUCGAGAGCGCACAAGUCGACUUCAACUCGUCCAGCUCGACAAGCACCAAGUCGUUCAUCUCCGAUCACCUUCAAUCGAUGGACUUUUGCGAGAACCCUGAUCUGUUGCGGUUGAACGGCGAGCUGAUCAUGGAAAGCGAUCAUAUCAUGCGCCCGUUGUCUCCCAUAUUAGCUGUGUCGAGGCCCAUGCACGGCGCUGACAUGCUCGGAACACCUACUCGAGCCGUCCGAGACCAAGCUCCUACCACCCCCUGGUCUGAAAAAACUCUACACAAGGUCGUCUGGCGAGGAACCUUGACCGGCGCUUUUCAUCGAGAUCGAUACGAUUGGAGGGCUUCUCAACGGCAUCGUCUGUCGCACUUGGUCGGCAAUACGACCGAGGAAGCAGAGGCUGUCGUCCUGCUCGGCCGUAGUGUUGGGGACGUGAGCAGCAGUGGCGGCGGGCUUGAGGUCGGGACGUGGAAGGAGAACGACCUGAUUGAAAAAUGGAUGAACGUCGGCCUGGUUAAAGGGGAUGUCCAUAACAUCUGCGGUCCAGGACCGACGGACGAAGCCUGUCGCCUCGACGGCGGACCUCAAUACCCCGAAUGCCCCGAGUACGAACCGUCCUGCGACCAGAUGUUGAGCGAGUAUGCUUGGGUGGGGGAGAUGUCGCUGGAAGAGACUUUACCCUAUCGAUACCGCCUAGACGUAGAUGGGUACGGCUGGAGUUCUCGUUGGCAGAAACUCUUGUCGACGAACAGCGUCGUGUUGAAGAGUACCAUCUACCCCGAAUGGUGGACCGCCCAAUCGAUCCCGUGGUACCACUACAUCCCGCUCAAAUACGACUAUACCGACCUCUGGGACGUGCUCGCUUUUCUGGAUGGAGCGCCUGACGGGGCUUCAAGCUCCUCUACCUCUACCGGGUCUUCCUCGAAGGAAGAAGAAGAAGAGAAGAAAAGGGCGGCAGAAGGGACGAGAGAGGGAGUGGCUGAGGAGAUCGCUAAGCGGGGGAUGGGGCUGGCCAAGGAAAACCUUAGGUGGGAAGAUAUGCAGAGUUACAUGUUCUUGUUAUUGCUCGAGUACCGACGCGCCUGGUCGGACGAUCGGGAGGCCGCUACGUAUCGCCCCUAACAUGCCAUGACAUGACAUAGCAUGAUCUCAUCGAUCAACCUAUCUAACCUGUCUCGAAUUCCAACUUGCGGCUUGUGAGACUGAGGGGAUGAUUGUGUCCUCGAUGUCAAGACGCAUAGAGUGCAGUUAUGCAAUCCAGAGGCCAGAGAUGGGGGAUGCGAAUACGAAACAUGUUCGGCAUCGGACGUUGUGUGUGCCGAGAAUAGGAAUCAAACGAUGAUGACGAAGCACUAGAUAGUCGCGGGGAGUGGAGGGUGGACAGGUGGAGGUCGUCGUGCGUCGGGGGGUUAUAUAAGGUCAGAUCGUGCAACUCGAUCGCAACCUCUACCUCCAUAUCAUAUACGAGGCUCU